CUAGUAAAGAAGAUCCCGGUUUAUUCGUGCAGUUCAUUGAUGACGGAGCGGUUCUAACAAAGAUGGCGGGCGCAAUGUUGUUUGAGCGAGCUCAAUCCGUGUCAAAUCCAAACACCGUUCUUACAAAUAUCGCCGACGAUGAAGAGGAAGACAAAAUUCGUGAGAAGGAGCAAGAUAUCCUUGAACUUGGUGAGCGGUACAAGAAAGAAGGCAAGGCCAACGAACUUGCCGACCUCAUCAAGGCCACAAGGCCCUUCUUGAGCCAGAUAAGUAAGGCCAAAGCUGCCAAACUCGUCCGGUCUCUCGUCGACUUCUUCCUGGAUUUGGAGGCCGGCAUUGGCAUUGAAGUACAGCUAUGCAAAGAAUGCAUCGAAUGGGCCAAGGAGGAGAGGAGAACCUUCCUAAGGCAGUCCCUGGAAGCGAGACUCAUCGCUCUCUAUUUCGACACUGGUAUGUUCUCCGAAGCUCUGCAAUUGGGUUCAAACCUCUUAAAAGAAUUGAAGAAAUUGGAUGAUAAGAACCUUCUUGUCGAGGUCCUUUUGCUAGAGAGCAAGACAUAUCAUGCACUCAGUAAUCUGUCAAAAGCUCGGGCAGCCCUCACAUCAGCCCGCACGACAGCCAACUCUAUCUACUGCCCACCCAAGAUGCAGGCUGCACUUGAUCUCCAGUCCGGUAUUCUUCAUGCAGCUGAUGAACGAGACUUCAAGACUGCGUACUCCUAUUUCUAUGAAGCUUUCGAAGGCUACGAUAGUGUGGAAAGCUCAAAGGCGUUGACUGCGUUGAAGUAUAUGUUGCUGUCUAAAAUCAUGUUGAAUUCUCCUGAAGAUGUUCAACAGAUUGUGAGUGGAAAACUGGCUAUUAAGUAUGCUGGAAAGGACAUUGAAGCUAUGAAGGCAGUUGCUCAAGCAAGCCAUAAAAGAUCUCUUGCCGAUUUUCAACAAGCCUUGAAGAUGUAUCGCUCAGAGCUUGAAGAAGAUGUCAUCGUCCGCGCUCAUCUGGGCACUCUGUAUGACAACAUGUUGGAGCAGAAUCUGUGUCGCAUCAUCGAGCCCUAUUCACGAGUAGAAGUUGAUCAUGUGGCCAAGAGCAUUAAACUUCCUAUGGUUCAGGUAGAAAAGAAGCUUUCACAAAUGAUUUUGGAUAAGAAGUUCCAAGGCAUCUUAGACCAGGGAGAAGGUGUACUCAUUGUUUUUGAAGGAAAGCCAGUUGACAAAACAUAUGAAAUGGCACUGGAAACCAUUCACAGUAUGGGUAAAGUUGUGGAUACCUUAUACCAGAAGGCUAAGAAGCUAACUUGAUUUGUGAACAUAAUUGUAAUCUAAUUUUAUUAAUUCUAAAUUUGGUAAGCUGUUUUGUUGUAAGCAGAACUUUCGUGAUAUGGACAUGUAUGACUGGGAAAUUAUCUGAUUAGGAAAUAUUUUUUACAAACAUUCUUUUGCAUUGGUUAAGCAGUUUCUGAAAGACCAUUGUUUCAUGAGGAAUUGUUGCAUGCUUACAAGAAUUUAUUGCCUCUUUGUGGGCUAUUCUGGUUUAGUUUAACCUUCACAUGUGUUUGUUUUGUUACUAACAUCAAUCCUAAGCUGAUUUUUACAUACCUGCAAGGAAGAUGAAUUUGAACUUAAUCAGGGUAAUUUUUGGUUGCUUUUUUUCUGCAAGUUAAAACUGUUUUGUAUCUUUAAAAAGUGCUAAAAAUGUUACUGUUUUAAUUAGGUGAAGGGAAUGCAAGUACAGGCUAUGCAGCAUUUCUCACAUGAAUACCUCUUGAUGGUUACUGAAUUUUGUCUAGAACUGUUCAACCUACAAAAAAUUGAGCAUUUAUCAUUAACUAAAAUGAUUCUUUGUAUUAUUUUAGAAUAGUUUCAGAAUUUUUUCCAAAGAUUUAUAAUUACAAAAAGGAAAAUCGAAAAAUAGUAUUACAUUUGUCACCUUUGGUUUGGUACUAACCAGUUUAUCUUUCUGGUCAUUUUCUUCCUUUAAUGUUCUAGAACGUAUUUGUAUUCUAUAUGCAGGCUGGAUUGUUGGUUCUCAGUGUAUAGAAUGUGAUUGAUAUUGUUUGGUGGAGUAAUAAAUUAUAACAUUAUCAAUAAAA